AUGAAAAACAUCGGAGCACAAUGGGCAUUGUCACGGAAGAGGACUGGGCGCAUGUCUCAUGAGAUCUUGGCGAGUGCUUGUCGUUGCUUGGUACACCGUAAUCGCCUCACGUGGGUUGCAGCCAUGUCUAGCAACUGGGCGGACAAGUAUCUUCCCAUACAGCGUAAAAUCGCUGGACAGAAAACAACGGGAUCUACAAUUACAAGGGUACUACAGACUGCCAAGAAGGUCCUUCACGUGGAUCCGUUGGAACACCCACCGUCCGUCAGACUUACUCCAGCAAGAGAAGCGCGAUUUUUUUUGCAAACUGAGAGGUACAAAGUACGUGAGGAUGUGAUGUGCCAAUGA